AUACAGCGGUCGACUCGGCUGCCCCGCUCAUAGAGCGCGAUAUAAAAUGAAAAUUUAUUUCCACUUAUUACGAAUCCUUCAUCAAAUAGAAAUAACGCCCCCAAGUUUACUUUGAUAAAAUUGUGCUCUUAUUGUGCCGAGGCAAACACCCAAAAUUAAAAAACUCAGAUGAAUUCGGGUUCCGUAACUAAGUGAAUUUCAACCUAUGUCAAGUGAAUUACACAGGAUUCAAUGAUGCUAGCAGAUGAUGAUACUCGACAUAAGUAUGGCAAUCUCAGCUAUCCUGGUGGAAAUGACACAUACGGCAUUUUAGAAGACACAAGACUGAUAUCGCUACUAAAAUUUAAAGGCACAAACCAAAGCAAUAACAUCGGCGAAAUCCUGAGGGUUCUAGAAAAUCUAAGAAACAAAUACAACAUAUCAGUGGUAAAAGAAUGCGAUCGAUCCGACUAUUGCUCGGGUGAAUUCAGGGAUUUAAUUCUCGCUUACAAUAAUAUACAUGGAUACGUUAGUUUGCUGAUAUGUCUUUUCGGAAGCCUUGCGAACACGCUCAAUGUAGCGGUGUUGACCCGACGCGACCUGGCCGGUGCCCCGAUUAACCGCCUCCUGAAGUGGCUAGCCGUUGCUGACGUUUUCGUUAUGUUGGAAUACGUACCUUUUGCUAUAUACCGAUAUUUGCUUUUUCCUGGACAAAUAGAGAGACCGUACUCUUGGGCUGUGUACAUGUUGUUCCAUAUGCACUUUACUCAAAUACUUCACACCGCCUCCAUCCUCUUAACACUGUCUCUGGCGAUUUGGCGGUACAUAGCAAUCAAAUAUCCAUCUCACGGGCCGUCGCUUUGCACGGACCGGCGGUGUUCCAUCGCCAUUGCCACGAGCUUCCUGCUGCCGCCUGUGCUCUGCAUUCCUUCAUAUUUUGUUUUUACCAUCCAUCAGGACUACGCGAUCGACCAUCGGCCAUCCAAAGUGUUCUUUGUAGACUCCAAUUACGAUGGCCGAUUGUACCAGAUCAACUUCUGGGUGCACGCAGUAGUUAUAAAGCUUCUCCCCUGCGUCAUCUUGACAGUGAUUAGUGCGUGGCUUAUUCGCGUGUUGUACAGAGCUAAUAAUAGGAAGAAAGCUCUCAAAGGAUAUAACGCCUGCCCGGCCUCCACGGUUGUCAAUGGCAACGGGAGUGUUUUCACAAGGAAAUCCACGAAGCGCUCGAAAGCUGAGCGACGUACGGACAGAACUACUAGGAUGCUCGUCGCCGUCUUACUGCUCUUUCUUUUAACUGAAUUUCCACAGGGGAUUUUAGGUCUAAUGAGCGGUAUGUUAGGGCGGUGUUUCUUCAAACAAUGCUACGACUUAUUCGGCGAAUUAAUGGACGCCUUGGCUCUCUUAAACGGCGCUAUCAACUUUAUUCUGUAUUGCUCUAUGUCAAAACAAUUUAGGACGACGUUCAGACAAAUCAUAAGAGCCCAGUGUGCGCCGCAGCCACGCGCGAGCUCUCACACCGAACUGCAAACUACUUAUGUGUGAUUUCAUAAGCAAAUUUGAAUGAUGAAGUGAAGAAAUCGCAAAGGCAAUGGUAUACGUUACCAAGGCGCUUUUAAGCGAACUCAUAAAGCUGAUAUCAUGUCUUUGAGUGCAGAUACUGAUGUAUUAUAAUGUAUUAGAUAAUCGCUCUUAGGCUUAUAUAUGACUAUCAAUUUACAAUAUUAUACGUUAUCAGUAUGAAAUAGCUAUUCCAAAAAAGUAGGGCAAAAUAGAGACUUCUAAUGGAAUUUUCAUGAGUUUAAUAAUAUAUGGAAUUAACAUUUUUGGGAUGCUCGUAAAUUCCUAGAUGUUACGAAGCAGGGUUUGAUAUAAAAAUUUGCAUAGUGCUCACUCGACAGUACUGUAUUCUUUGGGGAUAUUUGUUAUGCAGAUGCCCCCUUUGUUCCUGAUAAUAUGUAUGAAACCUUUUAGGGAAGGUUUAGGUACAAAGAUAAGAGCAGGGUUGAAAAAUGACUAUCGUCGAGGACCGGGCUAAGAGUGGCAUGUUUAAUUGUUAUCUGCAUUUAUUGCGCCUAAUUUGUAAGCUCUUUCUUAAUGUUUGUGACAUUUAUUAAUACAUGUAUUAUAUUAAAUGUGUUUGUAUGUUUGUACAUGUGCUUAAUGAACAUCCUACGCGUGAUGAUUUAUUAUUGUAUAUCGUUUUUAAACUGUGAAUGUAUUGCGGAAAUACAUAAAUCUUCAAGCAACGUGAUACAUGCCAGAUUCACUAACGUGUAUAGAGGCGGGGUGGAUUAGUUCUUAAUCCUACGGCUCGGCCAUUUCUUGGCGAUGUGUUGUAUAUUAUAAUGAUCAAUAUACGAUUAACUUGAUGUUUGAUAGACUAUUAAACGCCUAGAAGAGUUAUUGUUAUGUUUUAAAGUCUUAAGAAUUGACAAAAACAUCGUGUUAUAAAUUAAGAUAUUGAAUUAAAUUACGGGGGACAUAACGAGUCACGUGAGCUGUAGCCGCUUUUGUAAACCGAGAUUCUAUAACUGCGUCAUCAAAAUUUCUUAGAAAGGUUCUUAUUGUACAUUUGAUAAAUAAAAGAUUUAUAAAUGGUGAAAAUGAUGGAAAAUUGUUACGAGAAUUGGUAUAUUUUAUCAAAGGAAGUUCUCAGUUCGAGUUAAUUUUUCUUCGGCUUUUUCACUCGAUAACCCCGUGGGUUUCCAAAAGAUUGACGUGAUACUUUUUCGUCGUUGUUACUUCGCCUCAUUUCAGCAUUUGGAAUAGUACCUCGUCUCACCAGGGUUAGUGACCUUUUUGGACGGAAGAAAUAUUCCUGUAAUCCUCCUUCUAUGAUAUAUUCUAUACUUAUCACUGUUUAUGUAAAAUAUAGUUUAAGCGACUAUGAUUUAAUCUCCAGUAGAACUAGUGAUUUUGAGAAUGACAUAUUUAAAGAUAAUACCUAAGUUUGUUUUACAUUACAGAUAUGAAACUAUGGUACUCAAGUACGUAGUAGAUGGCGGAACGAAGAUCAAGUGUAACUAAUUACUUAAUAGUUUAUUUUUUAUUAUAAUGUUAGUCAUUUUAUAUUU